UUAUUUGUGCUUGUCGGCCCUGUCGUCCUUGUCGGUGUAUGAGUACAAACGGUACGCGUGUGGAAGUUUUGUAUCAAUUUUGUUAUUAAGUAUGUUAUCGAAGAUAGCACAUUUAUAGUCGUCUAACAUUACUAUCGUCGAAUGGCAUAGCUCUACAACUGAAAAUGGAAUUUUCACCACGUAUUUCAAGUACAGUAAAGAAAACAAAUGCAGACCUUGAAAAGUCUGCAAGACUUUUGGAUGAUGCUUUGAGUUCUACAGGUAAAAGUUUGCUUCGUGUAUCGAGGAACAUUCCUCAGAGAAGAGUUCUAGGCAGCCUGCGAAGAGGUGAUGGCUAUGGUUCAGAUCGCUAUGGUACUGGAGGUACCCCCAGUAAGUUCCUCCAUAAUAUACAUGAUAUAUCUGUCACUGUUGGCCCAGAUGAGCUCAGUAAGUUGCUGCAUGUCUCAAGAGGAGGUGCAUUACUUACAGAACAAGAGCCAUGGAAAAAUGCUGUAGACAAACUGUAUGUUGAAUUUCUGGAGUCACUGCAAUCCCAUGGAACUGAGCAGCAGGUGUUUGAUAUAGUAGUUGAUUUCAUCCAAACAUGUUCCGACAGACUGGAUUUGCUGAGAGACAUGGAGAAGAAGAUUUCCCAGAAGGUUGUACCAUUAUCACAUCGUGAGGAAUGGCUGGAAAAUGAACGAAAUACUUGGCGCUUAGUGUACUGCCUCUACCAGGACCGUAUUAACAGUCAGUUAUUAUCAGCACAAGAGCAGCUGAAUGAAGAGGCAAUGGAUAUACCACUGAGACAACAGAGUGAAAAGGAAAUAGUGCAGCGGUUAUAUAAGGAAGAUAAUAUGACAAGGGAGUGUCAGCUAGUAAUUGAUUGGUUGGAGCAGAAUGCUUCUGAUCAGUCACGAGAAGAAGCACGCCUUAAACAUUUCACAGACAAAACCAUUGCGUGGGAAAAUACACUUCAUCAGUUACAGAAUCAGUCAACAAAUAUACCUUAUGGGAGUAGCCGGCCCAUAGUAUCCACGCUUGAUCCAGAUGCACCAUUGAGAGAAGGCAAGCCUCUUCAUGACAUUGAUAUGGAGGAUGAGUCUCGUCUGGUAAAGGAAGUAUUUGUACAGAUUCGCUGUGGACAGUUAGAGGAAGCUCAGAUGUUAUGUAUGCAUACCGGGCAAGAGUGGCGGGCAGCAGCUCUGGAAGGUUGGCGACUGCAUCAUGACCCCAAUUAUGAGACAGCGAGAGGAAUUGAUGAAGUGGAUAAGUUGCCAAUAGAGGGAAAUCCUAACAGGGACAUAUGGAAACUGAUGGCUUGGCGAAUGGCAGAGGAUAAGCGUAUGCCAGUUUACACACGGGCAACAUUUGCUGCAUUAUGUGGCCAUCUCUCAGCCUUGGUUGAUGUCUGUCAGUCAUGGGAGGACCUUCUGUGGGCACACUUUCGUGUUUUAGUUGACAUCAGGGUUGAGAAGGAGAUACGGGAAUCAUCCAUUCGCCAUUAUGUUGAUCUACCAGAUGUUUACUGGCAGAAUGAAAUGGACAUAGAAGAAGUUUUUUCCGAGAUGGCAGCCAGUAAGGACACCCGUAUCCGUAAUGAUGCACUAAAAAUGGCACAUAAAGUUCAGCAGUACCUGAUUAUGGAUCAAGUGGGGGCAUUAAUGGAUGAAAUGGAACAGUGGAUCAAACUUAAUACAGAACAGAAACCACAGUCACUUCGUUUCUUGUCACAUCUUGUUCUCUUCCUUCGUCUCAUUGGACGAGCAGAGAAAGAUCACAUAGGAGAUGCAGUGUUACGUGCAUAUGUCAAGGAGCUGAUGCAAAUGCGCGAGCCCCAUCUAGUGGCACACUAUGUGGCAACACUUCCACAGGAAGAUCAGGUGAUGCUGUAUGCAGAAUUCUUGACUGAUAUCACAGAAUCUGGCGAGCGGGAGUUAGCUCUUGCAGCAGCAGAAGAUGCAGACCUUGACAUUGAAACAAUUACUAAGACAGUGGUUGAAAAUAUCCGGAACCAAGAACCUGGUACAGAGUUGCCAGACCUGCAAGCAGAAUUAACAGCUGAAGACAAUGCAAAAGUGUCAGCAUUGGACUGGGUUGUUUACUAUCCCUCACAGCGUGCUGAAGCAGUGUGGCAGGCAAAUGCACUUAUAUGCCACUUUCUGGCAGUCGGCAAACUGGAGGCUGCUCGUAAGACAUUCAACAAGAUACCUGUUGAUUCUAUUGAUCUGAUUAUGAAACAGUACCGGGUUGUGGCUGAUGAGAGUUUGAAUCCAGAAGGCUUGACCGUGACUCGUAAUCUACCUACUCGAAUUUCUUCCUCAAUUAGGGAGUACUUGUGCUACAAGGCAUACUUGGAUGCCCAAGAAGGUUUCUCAGAUUGGUUCCAACACUACCACCAUGCCAAGCCAAGUGCACCUAAGCUGCCAACUGGAGAAAUACCUUUCACUGAAAGGGUUGCUUAUGAUCACCGUCACAAUCAGUACAAAACAGAGCUGGAACGAUGGAAGAUGGCCAUGCAACAGCAAACCAAGACAGUCAAAUCUCAGCUUUACAAUAUUCUGACUUUCCCUGAAGGUGGUUGGCUUGUUGACUCUGGAAUUUCAGAGACAGAAGAUGGUGAUAUGAAUGGUGAAGUGAGUCGGCAUCGUAAGCAAAUGGAUGACUUGCGCCAAUUAUGCAUUCCAAAGGUGGUACUGCUGCUUCAUACUGUAAUGCAUGAGAUGGGAGAGUACACAGAAUGUGUCGAGCUAGGCAAUCUCAUUGCCUGUGAGCAACAUAAACUGUACAAGGUCUUCACAAAAGUCAACCUGUGUGAAUUACUGGGAAGAAUCUCUGAGUCGUCAUUAGCUCUCUUAGACCAGAAACGAGAUCCUUGGGGUCAUCCUGUGUCAUCAUAACACUUCAAAUAUUGCUACCAUCAGUGGGUAAUUGAAUGCAGGAGAACUCUUGCAAGAAGUUAACUAUAUAAACCAAAGGAUACUCAACAAGAGGGCAGACCUGUCAGGUGGCUGGAUUCCGUUGAAGAUUGAAUAUUGGCAGUUGGAGACAAAAGUCACAGGAUUGGAACCAGUGGCGAGGAAUCGUAAAAGAGACCAAGGUUCAUCAUGGACUGUAGCACCCACAGAAGAAG